AUGGCGCCAUGGUGUUCGGCUGGCCGUCUGUCGCUCUGCUCUGUGUUUGCUGUGUGUUUUGUGUUCUACCUUCUCUGUCAUGAGGUGUCGUCUCUCCUCACCUAUGACCGACAUACUUUGCUUGAGAUUGGAGGUUUCUCCAGUAAAGAUCCAUUGGUGAACUUUUCUCCAUGCCUCGAGGGGAUCCCGGCGUUUCUGAGGCGUCCUCCACCCCAUCUUGCCUGGCAGAGACGCCGGAAAAGACGGGGAAAACGCUGUGGCUACCGGGUCAGGCUGGAGGCUCACCUGAGGUCUGUUUGUGUGUACAACUGUGGCAUUGGUCUGCGCUUCCUGGACUAUCUUCCCGCCCUGGGAUCGAGGAGGAUCGGGGCCCGAUGGAUCCGGCCGGUGCUCCCGGAUGCUAGCUGUGGCACCUGCUCGGCGGACUCCGAUCAGCUGUUGCUACCUGCUAGCUGCUGGCGUUUUCGGACCGGGAGUCGUGGUGUGGACCGUCGGAACCUCGGACACCGUUGA